CAGUCGACAUUUCGCACUUCCACGACAAGCCUUGAGGCGUACACAUCUGCCCAUCAUGCGGAAGAAGUUUCACGGUCUCAAGAAGAUUAAAAUCCGGCAGUCAUGGAAUAAGAUCAACCUGUACAACAUUGCGAGAUCAAGGCCGCUGAGCACAGGACAUUUGACGUUUUUCCAGCAAAAAUGGGCUGCGAAGGCUGCUGCACGCGCUUACCACGGUGAACAAAUUCGGGAAAAGCAAUGGCAGCGCAUGUUCAGCCGACGCCUUGCCUCAGUCGUCCCCAUGGACCACCGAUAUCUGGCAAGAUUUGAUGGAUCAGAGCAGGCAGCAGGAAGGGGUUCUGGGUUGGAUCCAAAACCUGAUGAACGGGUUCGUCCCGUCGCCCGGACGCCGUACAUGAAUAUGACUUUUGCUCCGAUUGAGCGAAGAUUAGACACGGCCAUAUUCAGAGCACUGUUUGCGAGCAGUACCCGCCAGGCACGGCAAAUGGUUGUGCACGGAUUCGUCAAGGUCAAUGGCAAGAAGAUGAUAUAUCCCGGCUACUUGCUUAACCCGGGCGACAUGUUCCAGGUUGACCCGGAGCGCGUGAUGUUCGCCACUGGCGCAGAAAAGGACAAGACGGAACGUCGAGAGAGCCGAAUGCUCAAGCGAUCAAAGAAUAGCGAAGCUGGCGAGGGCGAGGAGGCUGGAGAGGCUGCUGCCGAGUCUGCAACCCCCGAACAGCAGAAACCCAGCGAACAAACACCCAAAGAGGCCAAAAAGAUGAUCAAUGACCUGAUGAGCCAAGCCAAGGCGCUGCUCUCCGGCUCCAAGGACCAGAAGGUCUCCGCGAAGCGCAAGCAAGAUAUCCGUGCUUUCCAGCGCACUCUUAAGCGCACCCUCUCCCAGUCAUCCAGUUCGGUUCCGACAGGCCUUACCGACAGUCUCGAUGCCCAGCUUAUGGAGCUCACGUCUAAGCUCUCAAUAUCUUCAGAUGCCGAACAACCCCAAACCCCCGAAGGAUCUGCCUCGUCGGAAGGAAUAUUCACGCCCGAAGACAAGGCUGCCUUGAGAGAAGCCAUGAGAGAGAUGCGCGAGAACCCAAUUGAUCCCACCAAGCCAUAUGCGACGCCCUGGCGGCCUCGCCCCUUCAUGUCUGCAUUUGCUUUUAUCCCGCCUUUCCUUGAGGUCAACCAGAACAUUUGCUCCGCUGUCUACUUGCGACACCCCGUCGCUCGGCCAGGCUUCGCCGAGGUGCCUACUCCUUUCAGUUACGAGAUGAGCCAGCUUGCUUUCAACUGGUACCUUCGCCGAAGGUGAGCCGGGCAUGGCACUUUCAACCUCUCCUCUUUCUUUGAGUUUGGCUCGGUGGAAAAAUGGUAUUUGGCCGAUCACUUUCUUCCAUGUGUCGGCAUGGGAUUUCUUUGCUCAUGGUCCCAAGGCAUUCCGGGAUUGUAGAAUAUGUACAUUAUUUGUAGCGACUUAGAUGGCGAAAAUUAGAUGCUUUAAUUCGUUCAUGCAAGAUACGUUACGUCUGCUAAAGACAGUGCGCGACAAGCUGCGAAAACGUGUUUACAUCUCUCAUUAUUGGGUUGAUAUAUCACUCAUGUGCAUGACCGAGUGAUCUUUAUUGCUCUGAACUACCGCCACGCACCCGAAAGCAGCACAGAGAGGUU